AUGCAACUGCAAGAAAUAAGUAAUAGUUGCUGUUAUAUUUUCGGAUUCGAUAGGAGGGAACUACAAAAUACAAAAGACAAACUCACAAAGUUUGGUGGUGUGUGGAAAAAAGCCACGAUAAGCAACAUGACUGACGAGGAAAAUGACAUUUACACGUUGGAUGACCUUAUGAAGCUUCAAAAUACCACGAAAAUAGAAAUCCUGAAAAUGGACAUCGAAGAUUACUGCGUAUCCGCAUGCACCAUUUGCUGCAUUGCAGGAAACAUGCAGGGAUCGUCAUCAAUAUCGGCAAUUACACCAUCUACUGCGUCGCUACUGUUGAAAGAAAGGAUACCAAGUCAACAAGCAACAGUUGUCGGAAUUGAUGCGAAUGCAAAGAUAGGCAUAACUGACAGUUCGAUCUGUUUGGAAAAUGAUACUAUCCCACGAAGCAGAGAUCGGAUAUUGGCGGUCGUUAGAUCUUUGCAAGCAGACGAGCCUCAUCAUUGUGUCUUUGUUUAA